AUGACUUUUUUGCUGGUUCGAGCCUUGCUGUUUCCAGUCAAUCUUCUUUUUUUGCUUCUUGUUUUUGCCGACGGCACCGCUCACUCGACUAUCCAUGACAUCUGGAUUUUUGAUGCUGGUACUCCCACAGGAUCACGCCAGCAAGAAGAUGGAUAUGCACAGACUACAGUGCAAUAUAGCCAGCAGCCAUUACUGCAACUGCAGUUGCCCUUUUUAUAUUUACUUGCCGGUGGCACGCCUUGUGUUGUGCAGCUGCAGCAUGUUGAACCGGGAUUGUGCGGUGACAACCUCAUGCGAUUCGAAACCUCGAGUGUUUUUGAAUUACGCUUCAUUGAAUCCCCAAUUCAAGCCAAUCAUCAGAGUCUAUUCUCUCUUCCAAGGGAUCAUGGUAUUCUCCAUGAGGCGCUCAGCAUCACUAUCAAACAGUAUGGGUCAUCUGAAUCAGGAGGCAUAGGCUGCGCGGCUAGUCGUGCAGAUGUCAGGAGUCUUCAUGUUCACUUUGCUGCCUACGCAUACCGCCAUGCUCGCGCACACACACCGCUUACGACUCUCGCUGGAUUUCUACCAACAAGGCACCUACCUAUAUCAAAAGACUUGGGCUAUAUAAUGACUCUAAUUCUUCUUUCUGUCACCCUCUUAAAGGGCGUGGGAAUAGCCCACUCGGAAAGAACACAGGCUGACUUCCUACCACAGGCCGAACGUUCGAACUACCGCCCAGUCGAAACCUCAAUCCGGACGGACCACCACCAGGACUACUAA